AAUCACUCGUCUGUCUAGUAGUAGGCAUGAGAUCGUUGAAUGUCUCAGUUCGGUCACACGUCCUCUGACUGUGACAUUCAAAUUAUUAGUUACUCGUGUACCUUCAAAUUAAAUAAGUUAAAUUAAUUCGCCGAGUUCAUACAAAACUCGACAAGUUAAAAUAGAAAAUGUUUUACAAGCAACAUAGUUUAUUUUUAUUGAGUUUUGCCAUCUUCUGUGAAGCUGCAAAUAUUUUGUACGUGAUACCUUUUUCAUCGAAAUCUCAUUACAUAUUUUUAAAACCAAUUGGUCUGGAGUUGGCUAGAAGAGGACACAAUGUAACAGUGAUAACAUCUUACAAAGAAGCUAAGCCUCCGAAAACAUAUCAUGAAGUUAUGGUGGACAAUAAGUCAAUUUGGGAAAUUAUAGGAGGUGAAAGGCCAAACGUUUUUACUAUGGUCGGCUUAUCAGCUGAAGAGUUUCAUGAUAAGAUUUUGUGGAGUGGAGGGUUAGCGAUGACAGAAGUAGCAUUAAACUCUAAAGAAGUUCAAGAACUACUUAAAAAUGAUCACAAAUUUGAUCUUGUGAUUUCAGAACAGUUCUUUCAAGAGGCUAUGUAUGUUUUGGCCCAUAAAUAUGAUGCACCUUUAGCAUUAGUAACUACGUAUGGUAAUUGCAUGAGACAUAAUAUAAUAACAAGAAAUCCAUUGCAAUUGUCAACUGUAAUCUCAGAAUUCUUGGAUAUCAGGGAACCCACGAGUUUUUGGGGAAGAUUGAGAAAUAUGUAUUUCGCAUUAUAUGAAUUUGUUUGGUGGAAGUAUUGGUAUCUAGAAAAACAAGAAGCAUUGGUUAAGAAAUAUGUACCUCAUUUAAAAGAACCAGUGCCAAGUCUUUAUGACUUACAAAAAGACACAGCUCUUAUGUUAUACAAUAGUCAUUUCAGUUUUGAUAAUGCAGCAGCAUAUGGACCAAAUAUUGUUGAGAUAGGAGGGGUUCAUUUGUCAAAGAGUGAUGAAGUAUUACCAAAGGAUCUUCAAGAAAUUUUAGAUGGCGCUAAGCAUGGCGUCGUGUAUGUAAAUUUUGGCUCCAACGUCAAAAGUUCAGAAUUACCUUUGGAAAAGAAAAAUACAUUUCUCAACAUAUUUAGGGAACUGAAACAGUUAGUCAUUUGGAAAUGGGAAGAUGAAACAUUAGAUGAUAAGCCAAAGAAUUUAAUCAUAAGAAAGUGGUUGCCACAGAAAGAGAUUUUAUCUCACCCAAAUAUUAAAGUAUUUAUAUCGCACGGUGGAUUGAUUGGAACACAAGAGGCUAUUUUCCAUGGAAUUCCAAUUAUUGGAAUUCCUAUUUAUGCAGAUCAAUUCAACAAUUUGCUGCAGGCACAAGAGAUAGGAUUCGGUCAAAUUUUAGAGUUCAAAGACAUAAAUGAAGAAAAUCUAAGAAAUAAGUUAAAUAAUGUGUUGAAAGAUGACAAGUACGGAGUUAAAGCCAAGGAAAUUUCGGCCCGGUUUAAAGAUAGGCCGAUGAGUGCCUUGGACACGGCAGUGUAUUGGCUUGAAUACGUUAUAAGAAAUAAAGGUGCUACGUACAUGAAAAAUCCAGCUCUCAAGCUUAAUCGGAUAGCCAGUACUAUGCUAGAUGUUUACGUUUUUAUUUUUAUGGUAUUUACAAUUAUAUUUUUUAUACUAACCAAGAUUUUGAAGACAUUAUUUACUAAUGUGUCUAAAAAUAAGAGGAAACAAAAACGAAAUUAAAAAACAUUGAUAAAU